GAAGGAGUUUUUAGUAUGAUCCCUGAGAAAGAAGCAACAAUCACAUGCAGCCACGAAAUCAAAUGUUGUAUUAAUUCAAAAGUCAAAACACAUUAAAGGACUCACACGUGAGUUAGCAGCCACAGAGAGCUGGCAUUCAUUUGCAUACGCAUGUUUAUUAUAUAAUAAUAUAUUAGUUAUAUAUCUUUCUCUCUCUCUUUCUCUCCUUGUUAUUCUCACGCGCUUCCUCCAUUGAUGCUGAUCAAUCCCAGUGGAGAACUCUAGUCGAGAGUAGUUCUCUCUUUUUCUCUGGAAAACAGUAUCAGCCAGAGAUGAAAUCCUCGUACAUCAACCAGAGAUGUUCAUAACAAUACAUAUCACCUUAUUAUUAUAUCCAUAUCUCAAAUAUUAUUCAUACUAAUUCCUUUUGCCUAUCGCUACAUAUAUAUAAUAGACAAGGACCACUUUCACGGUUUAUCUUGCCUUUUAAGUACACUCUUUUCUUCCCUUAUUUUGCUUUUGUCUUUUCCUUCAAUUUCUCUCUCUCUCUCUCCCUCUCCCCGAAACUCCAUCGCCGUAGCCCAGAGAGCAUGCGAGCUUGAAUGUCCAGAGAAAGGGAGAGAUUUGAUGAGAUAGGAAAGAAGAUAAAGAGAGAAUCAUCAACAGAUGCGGGAGCUCAUCAAAUGGGAAGAAGACACAUGUUGGGCCCUCCGGGAACCCUAAACACCAUUACUCCAUGCGCAGCCUGUAAACUCUUGAGACGAAGAUGUGCCCAAGAGUGUCCUUUUUCUCCUUACUUCUCUCCCCACGAACCCCACAAGUUUGCUUCCGUUCACAAAGUCUUUGGAGCCAGCAACGUCUCAAAGAUGCUAAUGGAGGUGCCGGAGAGUCAAAGAGCGGAUGCUGCCAAUAGUCUUGUUUAUGAGGCUAACGUGAGGCUAAGAGAUCCGGUGUACGGAUGCAUGGGUGCAAUUUCAGCUUUGCAACAACAAGUUCAAUCUUUACAAGCUGAGCUUAAUGCAGUGAGGGCAGAGAUACUUAGAUACAAAUAUAGAGAAGCUACUACUACUACUAAUAAUAAUAAUAAUAACAACAGUAUUAUAAAUCCUUCUUCUUCUUCUUCUCUUCAUCACCACCAUCAUCUGCAUCAUCUGGCUUUGCUUUCUUCUAAUAAUUCUGGGAAUGUUUCGGUUGCUGCACCACCACCGGCGGGCGCCCCACCACAACCUCCUCCGCCGCCUCAAAUAUCCACAGUACAAUCUCUUCCUAUUACUACUACUACUUCCUCCUCUUCUUCUAUGUAUACUACGGCCGAGGAUUAUAACACUAUUUCGAGUGAAAAUGUUCCCUUUUUUGGUUAAUUUUCUAGACGCCGUCAAAUUAUUCAGGAUAUAUACAUAUUUAUAUAAAUAUAUAUAUAUCCCCUAUUUAAUUUUUCUAUAUUAUGAUCCACUGAAAUAAAAUAAGGAAGAUAAUAUGGUCG